GUGUGAUGCGUUGCUCCAGUGACGCUGUGUGGCUGCAUCAGCGGACGGUUGCAACGCGACAGUUCGACGAGACGUUUUUUUCCGUUAUUAUCACAGUUGUGGGUCUAACGUACGCUCCAGAAUGGAGACUAAACCGGUCAUCACCUGCCUUAAAACCCUCCUCAUCGUAUACUCCUUCGUGUUUUGGAUAACAGGAGCCAUCCUGCUGGCAGUGGGAGUAUGGGGGAAGUUGAUGCUGGGCCCCUACAUCUCUCUGAUAGCCGACAACUCCACCAACGCCCCGUACGUCCUCAUCGGCACUGGGACCGUCAUCAUCGUUUUUGGCCUGUUUGGAUGCUUCGCCACCUGCAGAGGAAGCCCAUGGAUGCUGAAGCUGUAUGCCAUGUUUCUGUCGCUCGUCUUCCUCGCUGAGUUAGUGGCUGGGAUCUCUGGAUUUGUGUUCCGCCAUGAGAUAAAGGGAACCUUUCACAGGACAUACACUGACGCAGUCCUGAACUACAAUGCUGAGGAUGAGGCGAGCCGUGCUGUUGAUAACUUGCAGCACAGGCUGCGUUGCUGUGGAGUGUAUAACUACACCAGUUGGUUUGGCAGUGUGUAUUACCCAUCCAACGGCAUUCCUGCCAGCUGCUGCUUUAACUCCUCUGACUGCAACCUAGAAGACCUCCGCAAUGCAACUCUAGCCCCAAACAAGGUCUUCCACCAGGGCUGCUAUGAGCUGGUCACUUCAUUCAUGGAAACCAACAUGGCCAUUAUUGCAGGAGUGACGUUUGGGAUUGCUUUCUCACAGCUGAUUGGCAUGUUGCUGGCCUGCUGUCUGUCCAGGAUCAUCACAGCCAAUCAGUACGAGAUGGUCUAGCUGAUGUGACGUGGCAGGGAGAUGAAGAGAAGAAGAGACAAAGAGCCUUGACACAUGAUAAGAGUAAAUUCCCAAAACACUAUCACAUGUCCGAACUGGAAUUUACCUCCCUCCGUCUCUCUGCCUGUGAUCUUAAUGUAAUAUCUUAAUGUAUCUUAUUGUAAAGCACCAUUCCUUGACUCCCAGCUGUUGCAUUGACGCUUUCCAUACCACACAUCACACUGCUGCUUGAUGUUGAAGUUGCUCAUUAGCACAUAUCUCAGAUCAGUACAGCCUACAACAAACAGGUAGACCAGAGUUGUCUGAGUUGACAGCAGUGUUGGUCUCAGAUAGGCGAUUGGGUGAAACUUGGCUUCUCAGUUGGUUGCAGCAUGCUCCACCGACCGUCAUCAAAAGACCACUGCACAUCUUUGUACAGAAUAACAUUACUAAAGCUUGAAAGUAAUACUUUAAUAGAUAGGUUUAGUUUUGCAUUUGACUUUGCUAUUGCUCACCAUUGUAUAUUCCUAUGGUUGUGACAUUUUGUGAACUGAUUAUGUGUACUGAAGAUGAUAUUGUACGUUUAUAUGAAAAAUAAUGAAACUGACAAAGGAGAUUAAAGGGAGAAUUUUUAGAGAGUAUUUUUACUUGUAGACAAGGCACGAUAUUUUUUUGACCUGAUAAUUUAACUCAUUAGCAGUUUAUGAGUUAAUAAGUUGCAUGUUAAAAUCAGUUAAAGCUUUACUCUAAAUAAUAAAUACACAAUUAUAUAGAUUCCAAAUGGGAAGCUUUACUGUCAAACUGGUGUGAUCCGGCCUUUUCGGGCUCUGAAUUAAGUCUUUAACACUCAAUUAUCUUUAAAGGUUUGUAUGCUUCAAACAACGUUGUUUGUAUGAGAUGUCAUCUGAACAUGUCUAAAGGCAAAAGUGUUUAUAGUUGUUUGGUACGGCCACACUUGAAGGCGGGGUGAAACACUUGUCAUCUUAGAGAGUGGUGAGAUGCAAUGGAUCCCACAAAUAACAGCGCACACUUUCGGACAGUCUCUCCUCAAAGGCAUUCACAGUGUGGUUGUCAGAUAAAAAGUGACAGAAGUAGUUCUGAGAGAUUGAAAGUUUAAGUCCUGCCAACUUCCACACCUCCACACAGCCGACCAGUCUGUGCGUGAAGUGUGGCCGUAAAUUGUCGGAUUGUCGGUUUUAGAAAGUGACGUUGGAAAGGUGUGCUCAAGGGGAAGGGGUUUUUGGACGCUACUCAACGAUCCAACAAGCACUUCAUUUGAAGCAUACACCUUAGUAAUGUUUCAGGACUUGUCUCUCUGGUUUAUGUAAAAGUAACUGACUAAAUUCCAAAAUGUCAAGAUUUAGCUUUAAAGAGCAACUUAACACCAACUGAAAAUCUUGUUUUUACUGAGACUCCAUUGGUUAAAGUUCUCACCUCGUUGCAGUGAUGUAGGUGUGUACCUAAAAUCACUGUUGGGUGUGGGUACAGGUGCAAGGAAACAAGGACUCUGGGUGUUAGCAGGCUUGGACAUUUUCAACCACAAGAGGUCAGUGAAACACUGAUUUUCAGCUUGUUAGGGUCAAAUCAUUAGGGUCAUGAAUUGUUUUCUUCUGGUGGAUUAUAAUGUCAGUUAAUGUUACAGUGAGAGAAGUCGACAUUAGGGAUAAGCAGGAAUCCAACAGUGUUCAUCUAGUAUUUACAGUAUUCUAUGUAGUGCAUCAACAUGCCAUCAUCAUCAUCAUCUGUAGAUAUUUAUUGGAAAUGUAAUUUAUAUGAUGUAAUGUUUCUCAUUCUAAUAUGCUAAUCAGUAUAAAUGUCGUGUCACAGUUUUGAUUCUGCACUUUGUGCUGUUAAUCUGUAUUUGUUUGAUAGUUUAUAGGAAACUCGCACUGAAAAAAUCAUUGUGGCCAAUGUUUUGUUGAGAGUAAUGUGCAAAGUGAAGCUGUUUCAAUUUAGCUGUAUAUUUAUUACGGUUUGGUUGGCAUUAAGUUUACAGUUUCACCAAGUGAUUUUCUAUCUCUCAUUCAGUAUGUGUGAUUUUGUUUCUUUAUUUGACUGUAUCCUUAACCUUUAGUGUGUAUUUCCCUUGUAUGAGGUGUGUGUGUUUAUGUGUGUGUGAUCGAGAGAGACAGAGAGAGUGGAUCCUGUUGUAUUAAAUAUUGGUCAGUAUUUGGUUGUUGCUUUUUAAACCUUAUUGUUUUUAAAGCUGUACAUUUAUUUAGUGAAUGUAUCUUUUGAAAACUUAUUUUUCCCUCCCCAAACUGAUAUUGUCCUGUAAAUACUAAAUUGUAAUACCAUCCUGCUUACACAUGGGGUCACCAGACACUCAAAAAGAACUGCACCACGCUGUCUACUAUUGACUAAGUCACCAUCAGUGGUCUUAUUAUCAAUAAAUAUACAGAAUAACAA